UACAAUAAUAAAUAGAAUAAAGUAUAUUAUUCUUUGCAUCCAUUCGACCAUCAACCCUACCUUUCGAUCUGCAAAAUCUCUGCGUUUGGCACUCAGGUUUGAAUUUGAAAAGAAGAGGAAGAGAUACCUGACAGCCUAAUCAUGUUUGGUGUCAUAAGGCGAAGGGUUGCAUCUGGCAGCUCAUCUCCUUUGUUUGUAGGUCAGUCAGUGCAGAAAAUCCGGUCUGGUCCAUCAGUUCCUGCUCGAGUUUCUUCCAGUGUGGAAAAAGAGAUUGCAUUUCAUCCAAGAGGAUGUGGAAAUGUCCGAAACUUCUGCCAUAUAACACCUGGAUCCUGGAUUAACUUAAAGCCUAUGAGGGAGGUUUUUCGUCAAGAGGCCACGAUGCAAACUUGGAGGCGUCCAUUUUCUUCAGAAAGUGGAGAUACGGUUGAUGUUGUGGUCCCUCCGUUGGCUGAAUCUAUCGCUGAUGGAACACUGGCGAAAUUUUUGAAGAGGCCUGGUGACAGGGUUAAUGUUGACGAACCAAUUGCUCAAAUUGAAACAGAUAAGGUGACAAUUGAUGUUUCAAGUCCCGAGUCAGGUGUGAUUCUGAAGCUUCUAGCCAAUGAAGGGGAUACUGUUGAGCCAGGUAACAAGAUAGCAAUCAUUUCAAGGUCUGCUGAUGCUACAACUCACGUUGCCCCAUCCGAGACUACAUCUGAAAAAGCUGCUCCUCAGCCAACCCAAAAGAUUACUGAGGAGAAGAAAGCACCUAAAGUUGAAGCUGCUCCUACUAAAGAGAAGCCCAAAGCUCCUUCUGCUAUACUCAGCUCUCCAACUGAGCCACAGCUUCCCCCUAAGGAAAGAGAAAGACGAGUUCCUAUGACAAGGCUUCGGAAGCGAGUUGCUACACGGUUGAAAGAUUCCCAAAACACAUUUGCUAUGCUGACAACCUUCAAUGAAGUUGAUAUGACUAAUUUGAUGAAGCUCCGUGCUGAUUAUAAGGAUGCUUUUGUUGAAAAGCAUGGAGUCAAGUUGGGACUUAUGUCUGGGUUUAUCAAAGCUGCUGUCAAUGCACUCAAACAUCAGCCGAUUGUAAAUGCAGUCAUUGAUGGGGAUGAUAUUAUAUACAGAGAUUAUAUAGAUAUCAGCAUAGCUGUUGGUACUCCAAAGGGACUUGUUGUGCCAGUUAUCCGCAAUGCUGAUAGCAUGAACUUUGCGGAUAUAGAAAAGCAGAUCAAUGCUUUUGCAAAGAAGGCAAAUGAUGGAACUUUAUCAAUUGAUGAGAUGGCUGGAGGCACUCUUACAAUAUCAAAUGGUGGUGUUUAUGGGAGUCUUUUGAGUACCCCUAUUAUCAACCCCCCUCAGUCGGCAAUCUUGGGUAUGCAUUCCAUAGUGAGCCGUCCGAUGGUUGUUGGAGGAAAUGUUGUCCCAAGGCCAAUGAUGUACACUGCUCUAACAUAUGACCAUAGAAUAAUUGAUGGAAGAGAGGCAGUGUUCUUUUUGCGACGCAUCAAAGAUAUUGUGGAGGAUCCUCGCAGGCUUCUGCUUGAUAUAUAAAGUGCACUUCAAGUUUACUGGAGUAAAUUAAACAUCUGAAAAUUCAAAUACCUUAAUGGAUACCGUUAUGUUUGGUAAUGAAUUGCGGCUGGUCAUAAUUUAUAAUUUGUAAUGAGCAAACCCUUUUGCGUGUUUGUGUUUUGUCUUCCUACUAUUUCUCUCAUUUAAUAUGAAGAGGAUCACAGUUUUUGGCUGAGAAAUUGUAUGAAACAACAAUGAACUAUAUUUUAGGGAUUUUCCCUGAAGUAAUAAUGCGAUU